AGUUUUCGUUGCGUUCGGGUUCAGUAUGGUGGUACAACGCAUUGUGAAUGAUUUAGAGUGGAUAACCAGUUGGCAUGUAUUUUGUAACCCAGGGAGUAGAGAUCUAUCUCUUGAUUAUCGUUCGAUUCUGACCUGCGUGCAGCAAAUUUGAAGCCACUGAAGCUAUAUAUUGUCGGACGGAUAUCUGGACGUCUUUCUUAAGCUCACACCUCAUCUAAGAGUAACAAUUCACUGUGAGACCUGUACUGAAGCUCUGAGGCUUCUUCAACUCAUACAGAUAUUUCAAGGACCAAUCUCGUGCAUUUGGAAACUACACGCUCACACUAACGAUUGUCCGAGGUCCGAAAAUCUACCGCACAUCCAACGGAUUGACCUCCAGUUGAACUCGAAAUG